UUUCUUUUAUGUGCUUAAUCAUUUUUUAAAGGUUAAGAUUUACUGAGAUAUAGUUCAUAUACAGCAAAAUAUACUCUUUUUAGAUUUACAAUUCUAUGAAUUCUGACAAACAUACAAUCAUGUAGCCACCACCACAGUCAAGGCAUAGAACAUUUCUGUUGUCCCUAAAUGCUUCCUUCUGACUCUUUAUGGGCAGUCCCUCCCCCUGUCCUAGGCCCUGGUAAACAUUUAUCUCUUCUCAGUCCCUAUAGUUUGUGCCUUUUUCAGAUCAUCAUAUAAAUGAAAUCAUAGAGUGUGUAGCCUUUGUGUCUGACUCCUUUCUUUUAACGUAAUACAUCUGAGAUUCAUCCAUGUUGUUGUAUCAGUAGUUUGUUCCCUUUUUAUGGCUGAGUAGUAUUCCAUCAUGUAAUAGCGUGACCAGCUGUCUCAGUUUCCCCUGGUUCUAGGAAGCCUCUCAGCUUUGCUUUUCCAUAACAAAUUUUAGAAUGAAGUCUGUAGAUUAGAUGGUUAUAUGGUAUUAAUGUUAAUUAUAUUGAUAAUUGUACUGUAGUCAGAUAAGUAAAUGUCCUAGCUCUUAGCAAUUAAGAUUUAAGGGUUAAGGGGGUAUAACGUUAAUAUCUCCAGCUUACUCUCACGUGGUUUAGGCAAAAAUUAGGUAGAUGGGUAGUUAGAAAAAAAAAGUGAUAAGAAGAAAAUGGGUCAAUUAAUUGGUGAAUUUAGGUACAUGAUAUCAAGAGAAUUCUUUGAACUGUUUUUGUAAGUUUGAGAUUAUUUCAGCAUAAAAAUGUUUUUAAGUUGGGAUAAAAGAACUGAGAGAACUGAGCAAUAGAUGCCAGUUAGAAAAAAAGGGUAUCCAUAUUAAGUGGUCAGGUUAAGGCUGUUUGAAGAAGUAAACUGAGCUGUGUUCUGAAUGACAAUAAAGAAUUAGCCUUGUAGAUAUCAGAGGGAAGAAUAUUCCAGUGCAUAGGCCCUAUGAUAGGAAUGAGCUUGAUAUGUUCAACAAAUAAAGGGCCAGUGCAGUUAUAAUGUGGAUAAGGAGAAGAGGGUAGAGAUAAAAUUAGAGUGAUAGCAGACAGCUCACGUAGAGCUUUGUAAGCCAGGGUGAAGAAUUUAGAUUUUAUUCUGAAUGCUGAGUAACCAUUGAAGGGUAAUAAUAUGAUCUGAUUUACAUUUUAUGAAGGUCAUUCUUCCUGUGGUAUGGAGAAAGAAUUAUAUAGGUCAUGGCUGGAAGCAGCAAGACCAGAAGGUAAAAAAUGUUGGUCCUGAGAAAAGGGUGCCAGCAAUGCCUGGGUCACCUGUGGAAGUGAAGAUACAGUCCAGAUCCUCACCUCCCACCAUGCCACCACUCCCACCAAUAAAUCCCGGAGGACCGAGGCCAGUGUCCUUUACCCCUACAGCAUUAAGCAAUGGAAUCAACCAUUCUCCUCCUACCCUGAAUGGUGCCCCCUCACCACCACAGAGAUUCAGCAAUGGUCCUGCCUCUUCCACAUCAUCUGCACUAACAAACCAGCAGUUGCCAGCCACUUGUGGUGCUCGGCAGCUCAGCAAGUUGAAACGCUUUCUCACUACUCUGCAACAGUUUGGCAAUGACAUCUCACCUGAGAUUGGGGAGAAGGUGCGGACUCUUGUUCUGGCAUUGGUGAACUCAACAGUGACAAUUGAAGAAUUCCAUUGUAAGCUCCAAGAGGCCACAAACUUCCCUCUUCGUCCUUUUGUGAUUCCAUUUCUCAAGGCUAACCUGCCUCUGCUGCAGCGAGAACUGCUACACUGUGCUCGGGCAGCCAAGCAGACCCCAUCCCAGUACCUGGCUCAGCACGAACACCUUCUGCUCAACACAAGCAUUGCGUCACCUGCUGACUCUUCCGAGCUGCUCAUGGAGGUACAUGGAAACGGGAAGAGGCCCAGUCCAGAGAGGAGAGAAGAGACUAGUUUUGAAAGAGAUUCGAUUGCUCCUGAGCCUCCUGCCAAGAGAGUGUGUACCAUUAGCCCUGCUCCCCGGCAUAGUCCUGCUCUCACUGUACCUCUCAUGAAUCCUGGGGGCCAGUUCCAUCCUACUCCUCCACCUCUUCAGCAUUACACCUUAGAAGAUAUUGCAACUUCACACCUGUAUCGGGAACCCAACAAGGUGCUAGAACAUCGAGAAGUUCGUGAUAGGCACCAUAAUCUUAGUCUAAAUGGAAGCUAUCAAGAUGAGUUGGUAGACCACCGUUUGACAGAAAGAGAAUGGGCUGAUGAAUGGAAACAUCUUGACCAUGCCCUGAAUUGCAUUAUGGAAAUGGUAGAGAAAACACGGCGUUCCAUGGCAGUUCUGCGGCGCUGUCAGGAAUCUGAUCGUGAAGAGCUCAACUACUGGAAAAGACGAUAUAAUGAAAACACAGACAUGAGGAAAACAGGGACAGAGUUGGUCUCCAGGCAGCACAGCCCUGGGACUGCAGAUUCUCUCAGCAAUGAUUCUCAGAGGGAAUUCAGCAGUAGGCCAGGUACAGGAUAUGUACCUGUGGAGUUUUGGAAAAAAACAGAAGAAGCUGUGAAUAAGGUGAAGAUUCAGGCCAUGUCAGAAGUACAGAAGGCUGUUGCUGAAGCAGAGCAGAAAGCCUUUGAAGUGAUUGCAACAGAGAGAGCUCGAAUGGAGCAAACCAUCGCGGACGUCAAGCGGCAGGCGGCAGAGGACGCCUUCCUCGUCAUAAACGAGCAAGAAGAGUCCACGGAGAACUGCUGGAACUGUGGCCGCAAAGCCAGUGAGACAUGCAGUGGCUGCAAUAUUGCACGAUACUGUGGCUCUUUCUGCCAGCACAAGGACUGGGAGCGGCACCACCGCCUCUGUGGCCAGAACCUGCAUGGCCAGAGUCCCCACAGCCAGAGCCGGCCACUGCUUCCUGGGGGGAGGGGCUCAGCCAGGUCUGCCGACUGCAGUGUGCCCAGCCCAGCCCUGGACAAGACCUCGGCAACCACCUCGCGUUCCUCAACACCUGCCUCUGUGACAGCCAUUGACACCAACGGACUCUGAGCCCGGAUUCCACUUAUCCUGGUGACCACUCGGCAUGACAGGACCCUUGCAUCAGGGGCUGGCUGUGGGAACCAGAGCAAGUAGCUGUUGGUCAUCAGCAAGGAAUGCAGUGGAGGCAGAAGGAGUCCAACACUCAUCAUCUGUGUCCUUACGGAACAAGUGUGCCAGUCUCUCUGCACACGGGCAGCUGGCCUGCGCUGCCUCCUCCAUGGCUUUCCUGGUUUGUUCCUCUCCCAGCCGAAGCUGGCUUAGCCAGGCCCCUGUCAGUGUAGACCACCAGCUCCCCUCUCUGCCUCCUUGAGUCAGCAGACUGCCAAGUGUGCCGGUCUUCAUGUGGCAGAGGCCUGGGUGCUGGCGGCAGGCUGCAGAGGAGGCCCCCCUCAGAUGGGGGAGUGGUCCCUCUUAUCCUUGAGCAGAUCCUUAAGCCCCAUUUCCACCCUCGGCAGAUGACACUGAUUGGCCUCACGGGGACUUCAGUAGGCAAAAAGUGGCACUCAGGACUCCCUUCUCAACCCUCUUGUUCAGACUUGUUAAGAUCAGAAUCAAUAGGAAAGAAGUCACCAUUUCAGUAAAAGCACCCGUAACACGAAAAAAUAAAUAAAACUUCUACCAAGCGUCACAGAUCACUUGGGACAAGAUGGCUGGCUACUUUAGCGUGGGACCCAUUUUUUUCUCUCUCAUUUGAUUUUGCUUGUGCAGAAAUUGUUUCCAGCGCAUGGAUUGGUCUGAGAGAGAAUGAGACUCCACCGUGGAUAGUGUGUUCUCUCUAAGCAUGUUGGCCAAACUAGUAUUGUCAAAUUAUUGAGUGGAUCAUCUCUUGGAAAUGCAGAGCCUUCUGCCACUGUGUGACUGUUUGCACAGUCGUCUCGUUCUGUGUCCUUUUAUUGCUCAGACUGUGCAUGUCUGGAUCACACUGAGCGUCCUCUGCCAUGGGUUCUGUUUGGCACUGGCUCAGCUGCAGUUAUCCUGCUGAAUGUGCCGUGGUGUGUUGAUAGGAUUCGUCCCGCCUGUCAAGGCCUGGUCUCGCCUAAGCAGCCCUCCUGGACGUGAAAGAAUUCUACAAACCUCAUAGUUCCAUGUCAUUAUGCCUUCUGUUGAUUUUUUAUCAGACACACAAUCUCCAUUUCCUUUCUCUUUUGUUAUCUGAUAGCUUCUCAUUUUGAACCCAAAAAGAUUUUGUGAAGUGUGAGAACCAUUUUAGGAAAGCCUGACCAAUUUUCCUUCCUGUCUUCAGGGGGUUUUCCAGCGACUUAAUCUGGCUCACCAAACA